UCCUCUCCUCUUAGUCUUAUCCCUUUCUCUCUAUAUAGUCUAGCUAUUAUAAGCUCAUAAAUUGUAUUCGUGUCACAUAACAAUAACAUAUAAAUCAUAUAUAGAUAUAGGAUAUAGAUAUAAUAUAUACAUAAUGGGUGUGCCGUCUCCUUUGGCGAAAAUGAGAAGCAAGAAAACAAAGGCAGUUGGGAUUCCGACGGUCGAUCUGUCAAGCGAGAGGUCAAUGCUGAAAGAAUCAAUCGUCAAAGCCUGCGAGGAAUAUGGUUUCUUCAAGGUGGUGAACCAUGGCGUGCCUUGGAAUGUCAUUGCCAGAUUGGAAGAAGAAGGAGCCGGUUUUUUCUCCAAACCGGUUCAGGAGAAACAGCGAGCCGGACCGCCCACUCCUUUUGGAUAUGGCUCCAAAAACAUCGGACAAAAUGGCGACAUGGGAGAACUCGAAUAUCUUCUCCUUCACACUGAUCCUCUCUCCGUUUCCGAUAGAUCCAAAACUAUCUCCAAUGACCCUACCAAAUUCAGCUGUGCGGUGAAUGAUUACACGGAAGCGGUAAGGGAAUUAGCAUGUGAGAUUCUUGAUCUGGUGGGGGAGGGCCUAUGGGUCUCCGACAAGUUCAGCUUUAGCAGACUGAUCAGAGACGUCCAGAGUGACUCACUUCUCAGGCUCAAUCACUAUCCUCCUGUCAAGGAUUGCAUCAAUGGGUGGGAUCCACCCCUAAGUUCCCACCUCCAUCAUCAUCAUCAUCAUCAUCAAACUCCUCAUCAUCAGUAUAACAAUAAUAAUAAGACUCCUCCUAUUGGAUUUGGAGAGCAUUCUGACCCUCAGAUCUUGACCAUCUUGAGAUCCAAUGACGUUCCUGGCCUCCAGAUCUCCUCGCAUGAUGAUGGCUUGUGGGUCCCCGUCCCCCCUGAUCCCAAUCAAUUCUUCGUCUUCGUUGGCGAUGUUUUGCAGGCAUUGACAAACGGGAGGUUUAGGAGCGUGAGACAUAGGGCACUGGCGAACACAAUGAAGGGAAGAAUGUCAAUGGUGUACUUUGGAGCACCGGCGUUGAAUGCGUGGAUUUAUCCUCUUCCAGAGUUGGUGUCGGCCGAUAAGCCCACUCUCUACAGGCCCUUCACUUGGGCCCAAUUCAAGAAAGCUGCUUACUCUCUCCGCCUUGGUGAUUCCCGUCUCGACCUCUUCAAGAUCAACCAUCAUCAUGACGAUAAUAGCAAUAAUGAUAAUCAUCCCCAGAUAUUAGCUGAUUAUUAUACUUCUUCAUAAAUAAAUAAAUAAACAAGAUUAACCAAUCUCAACCAAGCACGUAAUUAGGGAAGCACAUCAGUUAAUAUUCACGUACCAAAUUGUAUAUAGGCCAAUAGUGAUCUCAAGUUGAUCAAACGUCACAUAAUUUGUUGCCUUUAAUGGGGGGAAAUUUUUGCAACAAAAGCUCGUCUUUUUUAUAUUAUCAUUAUUCAAAUUGUAAUUAGGUUUUAGGUUGAUAUAUAUUACUAUUUGGUAGAGAUUAAGUGAGAAGCUACUACCUAGUACUGUAGUAUCUGUAAGUUUUAGCCAUUCAGUUAAUAUGUACGAGAUAUUAUUUGUACUAUGUGUAAGACUUUUUAGCGGAAAAAAAAAGUAUUUGGUCAAAAAGGUCGGACUUAGACCGCGGGCAAAUCAAUGUCUCCAAUAACUUUUAC